CUCCUAUCUCAUUGCUUUCCUUUGUCUACUAUAAAUGCACCAGUGUUAAUUCCCCUCUCUCUCUCUCUCUCGCUUGCGCUGUCUCUCUCUCCCCUAUAAUAAUUCUGGAUCCAAUCUGUGUGAUCUUUGAAGCACCCCUAACAGAAAACUUCAAGGCAAUAUACCUCGGUUUCAGAAAUGGCUCCACUUAUACCGUACUUCAGUCUCAGAAAGGUACUUCUGCUUUAUCUUGUGUUGUUCCUCUUUACUUCUAUUCUCUAUUGUGCCUGCUCAGAAUCUCAGCUUCAGAGCAAACAGUUGCUUGGUAGAAGAAGAAUGUUAGAAAAAGAAGCACAAGACCCGCCGAAAAAGAAAACCACCAGCCUAUCCACCAAGAACCAGACCAAGCUCAUCAAGCCUAGUUUAUCCACAAAAAACCAAACCAAACUCGAUUUGUCCGGCAAAAACGAAACCAAGCUCACCAAAGUUACGAAUUCUACCAAACCAGCUUCCACUUACAGUGUUUUUUCUAAGAUUGAGCUCAAGAAGCUGAAUUCCACCACCAAGAUCAAAAAGCUAAAUUCCACAUCGAAAGCCACAAACUCUACCAAACCCACCUCAUUUUCCUCGAAGAAAUCCUCGGAUCUGCUGAAACUAAGCACACCCAAGAACAAAACAACCAAACCCACCUCCACCAAAGACAUCCAGACCUACCUAGACAAGAAACUCAAUGAGCAUGAAUCCGAAAAACCGAACAAGAAACAGCAAGCGGGUAAAAAGGUAUCUAUCCAGCAGAAGACAACGAAACAAGCUCAAACCAGCUGGAUUGACCAAGAAGAUGAACAAGAUGAUCUGGUUUCAGGAUUCACAGAUUUAACAGAUUUGCCCAACAAGUUCCAGCAGACUUUGAUUCCGGACCUCGAGAAAUUCUCGACCACCUCCAAAGCUUACCUCACCAAAGCCAACAAAGAAAUCACAAAAGGUUUCAAGCCCAUUGUCGGCAACAAAUAUGCACCCACCAUUGCCACCGUAGUUUCUUUCGCUUUCAUACUCAUUCCUUUGCUUUUAGUCUCUCUCGUCUUCAAUAGGUUUAAAGCGUAUUUCUCUCUCCAAAAGCUCCUAAUCUUCGUCCAAAUUUACCUCUCCAUCUACUUCGCCAUUCUUUGCCUAUCCGCCCUGGUCACGGGGCUCGAGCCCCUGAAGUUCUUCUACGCUACUUCGCAGUCCACAUACGUUUGUCUGCAGGUCCUACAAACGCUUGGGUACGUGCUGUAUCUGCUUCUGCUCCUGAUGUAUCUGAUCCUCGUGUUCUCGACGGAAUCCGGGCUGUGCUCGAAGUUUCUCGGCCUGGCCCAGACCUUUAUGGGCUUCGCAGUUGGGCUUCACUACUACAUGGCAGUGUUUCACAGAGUGGUGCUACACCAGCCGCCCCAAACCAACUGGAAGGUUCACGGGAUAUACGCCACGUGUUUCCUUAUCACUUGUCUGCUUGCCAAUGCCGACAGAAGAAAGAAAUCCUACUUGGAAGAAGGUGGUGAGGAGGGCAAGAAGAACUAGUCUUACAUCUUAAAAUUAAUGUUAGUAUAACACUGUUAACGUGACCAACAAUCAGACCAAUUAUAAAUAUGACAUGUAUUCAAUAUCCGUCACGUUAAUAAUGUUAUAGGAACAUUAGAUUUCGAGUACUAAGAGAAGUGUUCGCAUUAUUAUUAUUUUUCAAUCCUUAUUGUAAUAAUAGUAUAAUACCAUUGGGCAAACAAUCAUGGUGUUAUACCUUUUGAGUAGCUAGAAAGAAGUGGAAAUAUUAGCUACUUGCUUUGAUGUAAUUUGUGUACCUUAAAUCUUAUUAUCAUCUCAACAAAAUUCUACAUCCA